AAUAAUUUCGACAUGAUCACCUGUCAAUAGGUUACUCGGAAACUAUAUUUCAAACUAAAAAUUACAAAAAUGAUAAAUUGUAAUUGAUUAAUCAGCAUCAAUAAUGAAUCACAGUAAUUAGUACAAUGAAUAAAUUGCCAGAGGAAUAUGUGUCUAAAACCAGAAAAAGAAGAAAAUGUUGAAAUCUAUAUGUCCUCCGAUAGCAGGAGGUUAAUGAAAAAUCAAUAUAAGCAAGUGAAAUCAAUAUUCCACGUGAAGUAACAGAAAAUGCGUAAGAACUGUUGCGAUCCAGUAUGUUCAGCAAAUAGACAAUUUGCAUGCACUAGCAGAUCAAAGAGUAGAUCGAAGAAACGAAAACUAGCAUGUUACGAAGCUUGUCCGACUACUUCAAGAACUUCAACGAAGCCACGGAAGAGAUGUGCGAAGUCGAAGAAGAGAUCGAAGGAACAGAAAGUUAAAAUUUGCAAAAACAAAAAAUGUCGAGCUGCAAGAUGGGACGUGGAAAGUUCAACGUCGAUACAUGUGCCAGAGAAAAUAUGCGUGAGGCGUACGGAGUCGAUGAGAUCAUGUAGAUCCUGCCAGGAUUCGCGACGUCCUAAAAGAAUAACUUGCACUUGUCAUCCACGUCGAAGUAUACCUUUAGAAAGGAAGAAAGAAAAUAAAUGUUGCCAGUUCAAAAAAUGCAGACGGCAAACAAGGCAACUGAUGCCACUUUGUAUUUGUGUCAGAACAUCCAGUUCAGAGAAUUUCAGAAGCAUACAAAGUUCCCCUUGUCCAGUUUUUUCUAAAUACGGAGAAUGUUGCUGCAUAAGUCAUAAAAAAAAGCGAAGUUGUAAAGAAACACCAGUUGCACCUCGAAGAGUUUCAGAACACAGAAAAUGUUGCAAAUGCCAGUACAAUCCAACUUCGUUAAAGACCCAGCAAAAUGUAUUCCUAAGGGGAUUAUCUUUCUUUGGUAGAAAGAUACAGAAAUUAAGACACCCAUUUUCUAACAAUCCAAGACCAAAUCGACUUAGAUCGUGUCCUAUUAAUAAAUGUUGCUCUAGAAGCGCUUUGAAGAGAAGAAAUGAUAACUUUCCAGAGAGAAGGAAAGUAAUGUUCUGCAAAUGAAGGUAACAACGAUGAAUUGACCGAUGUUCCUAGUGUUCUUUAUGUAUUUGCUUACAAAAUCAGUGAUAAUUAUUUUAAAAGAUAUUUUUGAUUUACGAGCUAACGAUACUUAAUAAUUAAGUAAUAUCAAUAUAAAUUAUAAAUUGCUACAUCAUAAAGAUAAGUGUUCAAUGCAAAGAAUUAUUUAUUACAGAACACUUAGCGAACUAAAGACUUGUUUCGUGGUAAAAAAAAGUAUAUCAUCAAGCAAAGGACACAACAUAAAAUGACGAGAAUAAUAAAAAUUUUAGUCGCUGCUUUUGGCCACGUAUUUGUUGACCUUGUCACGAUUACACAAUGUUAUAAAGCCAAAAUACAAUACAUCAAGUUGAACAUGAGAUAGUUGUUAAACGUUAUGAUAUUGAAUAAACGUGAAGAAAUCUCUUA